AAUAUAAAAACUUCUGUUCACAAUAAAAUUUUCGCGUGGUUUUAUUUCGAUAACGCAGCCAAACUCAACGUGGGCGAGGCAGAUCCAAGGUAUAAAUAAUUUCGUCAAUUUUAAUUCUGCCAUUUAUACAGCACUCAUUUGCGUUCGGAAAAAACAAAUUUAUAACAGGUCCUAAGAAUUAGACGUGAUCGAUCAAAUGUGGACGUAAAUAGCGAUGAACAACCAAAUACGACAGCCAUAUGAGGGCCUCCUACACAAAUAUACAAACGCCAUGAAAGGAUGGCAAUAUCGAUGGUUUAUUUUGAGUCCUGAGACUGGGGAGUUACAUUACUUUUUGAGUGAAUCGGAAAAAAAUCAAAGACCACGCUGCUCAAUUUACUUAGCUGGUGCUGUUAUUGCACCAAGUGAUGAGGACUCAAAUACGUUCACAGUCAACUCAGCAACAGGUGAUAUGAUAAAAUUACGAGCCACAGAUGCUCGGGCUCGCCAGGAGUGGGUGGACAAGUUACGGGCAGUUACCGAGAUGUAUACACGUGCUAUAGCUAGCAGUCAUCCACCCUUGCCACCACGAGAGCAUUCUGCAAACCCAGUCAGAGCUCCUGUAGCAAAACUUGAAGUUCUUGAUGCAUUUGCCAAUUGUCAAGAGCAAUUGAACAAGGCUGAAAAACACAAUGCUUUGGUUGCUCAAGCAAUUGAGAAUUCCAAACUCCACUUAGAUCCAGAUUUGCUAAUGCUCAAAGCUUUGUCUCAUGGUACAUUGCACACUCUGAGUCAAUGCCUCAAUAUAUUGUAUAAAUAGUAUAUUGUUUAUCUGGCGUUCUCUACCACUUGAGACAAUAGACGAUAUAAUCCUGUGAUGUAAGUUUGUUCGAGGAUGCUAACUAUUCUAUAAAACACGAGGCCGUAGAAUCUGAUAAUAUGUGGUUGGUAAAUGAAUUAUUUGUCAAUAUUUUCAAGAUUCGAAUUUUUUCGCAGUGAGAGCAUGAUUGGGGUUCCCGGUUCCGUUUGAAUGCAGGAGACAUUAUCUGUGACUAAUUUUUACAGGAGUGAAACUUGUACAGAUUUUUAUUGAUGUUAUAUCUGCAUAAAUAAUAGUUUGUCUGGAUAUCAUAUUCUCUCAUGUGGUUAUUGCAAGGUACGUCAAAUUUUGAUUGAUAUGGAAGAAAAAAUUAUUAUAUGAACGAACAAUUUUAGGUCUCCUGAUAUAUUUACUUCUCCUUAGAACACCCAUGUCGUAUCUCGCUAUGUAUGUAAAUAUACGAAGCAUUCAACCAACACACUAUACACCGAAAUAGAACUUAGCAGCCUCACUUUUUGACUACAAUUGAAGUGGACAUAACAAAAGCAAAAGCAACUAAAACAUCAUUGGCAUCUGAUUUGAAACUGUAGCAUCUAAAGCUCAACGUAUUCUUAAACAAUGUAUAGGAUAAUUUAGAAUUGUACCAUAUCACAAGGAGUAGAGAAUAUAUCACUGAAUGUAUCUCUGACCAAAAAUCAUAGGAGUCUUAAGAAUAAAGCAGUCUUAUUGUACA